AUGUCUGACGAUGAACUUGCCACAGCAUCUCAAGGAAUAGAGGAAGCUAUGAACAUGAUCACUGCUAAUGAGUACGAAAAUGAAAAUGAAUCUAUGUCUGACAUCAUUGAUGUUGUUGAUUUGCCAAUUCUUGCACUAACGGCUCGUUUGGUCAAAACUGCUCCGCAAAGUGCGGCCAUUGUCUUGACGGCCCGAUAUGUGAUAACUUAUCCGGAAAAUGCAGCGAUGGAUGUGAACGGGGCCUGUACGGCUGGCAGUUAUGGGCACAAAUGCAAGGACAGCUGCAGUGGGAAUUGUUUGAACGGAGAAACCUGCCAUUUUACCACGGGAGAAUGUUCUUGUGGUUGUGCCCCGGGCUAUGACUACACGCGGGAUGACCAUUGUCAAACAGCCUGUGACGACUACUCGUACGGUCAAAAUUGCUCUUCCCGCUGUGGUCAUUGCCUGGUCGAUGCGGUUUGUGAUAGGAUAUCUGGAAACUGUCCAUCAGGCGGAUGUAAGAUGGGAUACAGCGGAUCAAGAUGUGAUCAACUUUGCACAGACAACACAUUUGGAUAUAAUUGUGAAGGACUGUGUCAUUGUAACAACAUAAGCGAACAGUGUAAUGUAACGAAUGGAGACUGUAGCAGUGGGUGUGCAAUUGGCUGGGCAGGCAACAACUGCAGUAAAGACAAUAACAUUAUCAAACCCGGACACACAGAUGUAACAGCAUCAAUAUCAAAUACAUAUUCAACAUGCGACGCAUUUAGGUCCAUUGACGGGAAAAUUCUUCUGAAUUCCUCCAGUGAUGACAUUGCUCUCUGUCAACGGUGUAGCGUAGCGGAAGGUUCAAGAUCAUGGCUACAACUUGAUCUUGCAGUAAUAACUGCAGUUAGCUACAUACGCGUGUAUGGAAGGAAUACUGGUAACUGA